AUGGACAGGUGGUAUCCGGGUGGCAGACCCAAGGGGACCAUGGACCCCUUCUACUACGACUAUGAGACCAUCCGCAAAGGAGGCCUGAUCUUCGCUGCCCUGGCCUUCGUCGUGGGUCUUCUCAUCCUCCUCAGCAAAAGAUUCCGCUGCGGGGGCAGUAAGAAACACCGGCAGGUCAGCGAAGAUGAGCUGUGA